AAAAUCUCUCCUAUUGCAUUAGAGAUUCUUCUCUUCGUUUCCCCCUCUUUGAUUCCACUCAACGUUCACGAAUAAAAGUCAGUCUUAUCAUCAAAUCUCUCCAGGGUACCUUACAGUGUCUGUGAGCUUCCAAAGAAUGAGAAAAGUCUCGUUUUUGUGAUUUGGGUUUUGCGCUGAGCCGUUGAAGGAGUUGUGUCUGCUCUGUUUGUCUGUCUCUGUUUCAUUAGCAUCAAGUUUUUGCUGUUGAAUGGUUUGUGUAUGUCUAUGUGUGUAAUAGAAUCUUGGUUUAGAGCUUACGAUGGGUUGCGUAAGUUCUAAACAUAAUAAACCUUUUCGAAGAAGUAAGUCUAAAGUGAAAGAGUCACAGGUGAAACGUUCCUCGCGGUUUGAUUCGUCGAGGAGGAUAGAAGAAUGGAUCCAACCAGAAAGUGUUAUUGAUAGAUCAAGUAGUAGUAGCAGGAGAGACGCCAAAGAUAAUAAAUUGAUUGAAUCCGAAAUGUUGAGCUCAAAUAGGUAUUACUAUGAUCAUCAGGUUGAGAAGAUACUUGAGCAUUCUGAGUUAGUUAAUCACUUGGAACAAACUGUUCCUGACCAAGAAAUGAGGAGGGUCCCAAGUGCUGUUGUGAAACCAGAUUUGGAGAUUGAUAUAAAGGUCAUAGAACCGAAGCUAGAUAGGUGGAAUAGUACCAAAGUUAGGUUGAUUGAAUCCGAAAAGUUGUCUGGUAAUCAUCAGAGUGACGAGGAACUAGAGAAUCAUGGGACUGAAGCUUCGGUUCAAGGUGUUGUUCCUCGAGGAUUGAGUAAGAAGCUGAGUGUUGUUUCUGUUCCAAAGGAGACAGAGUUAAGGCAAGUGUCAGCAGGAUGGCCUACUUGGCUAAUCUCUGUUGCUGGUGAGGCGUUAGUUGAUUGGUCUCCAAGGCGAGCAAGUACCUUUGAGAAACUUGAGAAAAUUGGUCAAGGAACAUAUAGCAGCGUCUACAGGGCUCGUGAUCUCAUUCACAACAAGAUCGUUGCACUAAAGAAAGUCCGGUUUGAUCUUAAUGAUAUAGAAAGUGUCAAGUUUAUGGCGAGAGAGAUCAUAGUAAUGAGACGGCUUGAUCAUCCCAAUGUCCUGAAACUAGAAGGAUUGAUCACUGCACCUGUUUCAUCAUCACUCUACUUAGUCUUUGAGUACAUGGAUCAUGAUCUUUUAGGACUUUCUUCCCUCCCCGGUGUCAAUUUCACAGAGCCUCAGGUUAAGUGUUACAUGAGACAACUUCUAAGUGGGCUUGAACAUUGUCACAGCCGUGGUGUUCUUCAUAGAGAUAUCAAAGGCUCAAAUCUUCUGAUUGAUAGUAAUGGAGUUUUGAAGAUUGCAGAUUUUGGAUUAGCAACGUUUUUCGACCCUGCGAAAGCUAUACCAUUGACUAGCCAUGUUGUUACUCUUUGGUACCGACCACCAGAGCUUUUGCUUGGAGCUUCUCAUUACGGUGUUGGGGUUGAUCUUUGGAGCACAGGUUGCAUCUUAGGUGAAUUAUAUGCUGGUAAACCAAUCCUACCUGGAAAAACCGAGGUAGAACAGUUGCAUAAGAUCUUCAAGCUAUGCGGUUCACCAACAGAAAGUUACUGGAGAAAACAUAACUUACCGUCUUCAUCUGGAUUCAGAACUUCAAUUCCUUAUAGACGGAAACUAUCUGAGAUGUACAAGGACUUUCCUGAGAGUGUUCUUUUACUUUUAGAGACGUUGCUAUCUAUAGAUCCUGAUCACAGGAGCUCUGCAAGUAGUGCUCUUGAGAGUGAGUACUUUAAGACCAAGCCGUUUGGUUGUGAUCCAUCUUCUCUACCAAAGUAUCCUCCAAGUAAAGAGAUUGAUGCUAAACUGCGUGAUGAAGAGAAAAGGCAACGACCUAUGAGGGCUGAGAAACAAGAAAGGCAAGACUCUCAAGGGAGAAGGUCACAUGAGAGAAAAGUUGUCCCACCGAUAAAAUUAAACCACUCUCUAUCAAUGUCAAUGAAUAUGCAGAAACCACACCUAGAUUUGAAGAGCAGAAACGAGAGUUUCAAGUCGUUUAAGGAAGAGAAGACUUCUCAUGGUCCAAAUAUGCAAACCAGAAACAAUGAAACUGGUGAGAGAGUUUCACACUCAGGUCCAUUGAUGAGCAACAAGAACAUUGAUAGGUCAACAACAAUGUAUGUAAAGGAGAAUGCACCUCCUACCAGUUACCCUCCAUCAAGAGCAAACCCCAAGAUAUUAUCAGGCUCAGUCUCCUCCAAGGCGUUAUUAGAUGAACCAGUGAGGAAUCAAAGAAGAAGAGAUAAACGAGCUUACAAUAGAGCUGACACUAUGGAUAGUAGACAUAUGACAAUACCAAUCGACCCAUCUUGGUAUAAUCCUAGUGAUAGCAAGAUUUACAUGUCUGGACCAUUGUUGGAACAGCCAAGCAGAGUAGAUCAGAUGCUUGAAGAACAUGACAGACAGCUUCAGGAAUUCAAAAGACAAGCUCAGAAGACUUGACUAUAUUUUUUAAGUUCAAAACUAGAGUGAACGAGCUUGCCCGAACGGAAAAAGCAGAACCAGUCGAGUAAGAUACAGUCAUAGUAUAUGGUGGUUCAUAUAUUUGAAUUAUUCCAUCUUUUUAUGGUGAUUACGGCCAAAAAGGCCGGGAUUGCUUAAUUAAAUCAUUGUAUUGUGUCAUUAUUGAGCUUGAUUUGUGUAAAUACAUAUGAAAUCCCCUCUACAGUCCUUUACAUAUGACUACAUCAGUCAGCGUUUAUCAUAAUCUCAUUCCAGUAUAGAUAACUUCUAGAUUCUCUUUAUACAUAUCAAUUCAAUCAGUCUCAUUGGCACUGGAGAUUACUAGAUUCUUCAGAUUUCAAUUUCCAGCUAAAUCCUCCUGGUCAAUUAAUUUAAUCAUGUCAUGAACAUAUUAAUUGGUAUAACAAAAACAAAUGACUGAGAUUAAAACACCAGAUGAAAAAGAAUAUAAAACUGAAGAUCAGAAUAUUAGAAGUCAUUCUCAUACACAUUAAUGUGUCAGAAGGUGUCCUAAGAUUUAACUGAUUUAUCAUCACUUCUCCAGUUUAUUACCAUCGUCGAAAAUAUCUAAAACCGAUUUGAACUGAAUCAAAAAAAAACAUAACCAGAAGAAACUUUUAACUUUUCAAAAUAAAUUAAGAAGCAAGUUAUAAGAAUCAGAAAGAACGUAGCGAGUUGAAAUUUUUAACGAUCAUGAAUCAAAAGAUUAUCACCGAUCUACAACUUUCAUCACUUUCUUCAAAAAACACUUUGAAAAACCAAAUAAUUAACAUGAAAAACGAAAACAAUCUGAGAGAACAAAAAAAAUCAUUGGUAAAGAAUAGAAGUU